AUGUUUUCGGGCGCUUACAAAAGAGUUUUUGGCCGCUGUGGUGGAAAAACGAACGGGCCAGGGUCCGACGAAGAGUCGUUGUCGGCAAGCAACGAAAGGGCCAAACUGGACAUCAGAAGGUUGGAGGUGGGCAUCGAUCGGCAGAGGUCGGCGGCGGCGGUGGCAGCAGCAGCGGCAGAACGAACAAAGUCGUCGGCGGACCGUGACGUCGAGAUGGAAAACAGGUGGCUGGUCCGGAGGCUGUGUAAAGUGGAAGACGAAAAUCGUUGGCUGAUGAGUAGGCUUCGAAUGAUGAGGUUAGCGAACCGGAAGCUCGGCAAGCAGCUGCGCGAAUCCCAAGCCGAGAACCGGAAGCUGUGCGAAUGUAAUACCAAGCUCGAAUUGCAGGAAGCGAAGCGCGAUGUGCACUUAAAGGUUGUAGAAGAGAAAUGCGGUAUCCUGUCGUCGGUGGUCAACGAUGUACGGGCGCUCAUCCGAUGGAAAUAA